UUGCUGGGACUACGGGGAGCGUUUACCUUUUAAGUGGUUGAGAUUGUAUGAAGUGAUUAAAACAACAACAACAACGAUCUCCCCGACCAGCCAUCCGGACCAGUUGGAUACCUUUAUAUACCUCUUUCUUAAAGGAAUCGGGUUGGUGGGGUUUUUUUUGCUGAACUUUUUGAAGUUUGAAGUACCGAGGCGUUCCUAAGGGACUAGAAACCCGGUGUGUGUGUUAAAAGCAAAUGGCUCACCCGAAAGGUCUCUCCAAUGGACAUCUACACUGUCGUCAGAAAAAAAAUAACUUCUUAAAACACGAGAUCCACAAGAAAAACGGCGUGGUUAAGGAAACUAAGGAAAAUGGUGUAGCAAAUGGAAGUAUCUAUAAACGACCAUUUAAUGAAUCCUUUGAACAACCACCCAUGUAUGUUUCUGUGCUUACAUUUCUUGGUUUUGUAUUUGCAACAUUGUUUGGCUAUUUGCAAGAUUUCUUAAGAGACUAUGGAAUACAAACAAAGAUUGGCACAAUCGAACGGGAAGAGCAAAUGGAUUUUGUCCCACUUUAUCAAGAUUUUGAACACUUUUUUACAAGAAACUUCUAUAUGAGAAUAAGAGAUAAUUGGAACCGCCCCAUCUGCAGUGCUCCAGGACCAAAAUUUGACCUGUUGGAACGUGUUUCAGAUGACAGCAACUGGACAUUUAGGUUUACUGGAAGGAUAAUCAAGAAUGUAAUCAAUAUGGGUUCAUAUAAUUACCUUGGCUUUGCAGAAACUGACCACAAUGCUUUGAAAACAGUGAGUUCAGUGUUAAAUAAAUAUGGCACAGGAAUUUGUAGCACCAGACAGGAAAUGGGAAACUUAGAUAAACAUGUGGAGUUAGAAAAUACGCUAGCACAAUUCCUUGGUGUUGAAUCAGCUCUGACGUUUGGUAUGGGAUUUGCUACAAAUUCUAUGAAUAUUCCAGCAUUAGUAGGGAAGGGUUGUCUAAUUUUAAGUGAUGAGUUGAACCAUACUUCACUUGUUCUUGGUGCAAGGCUGUCAGGUGCUACUAUUAGAGUCUUUAAGCACAACAAUAUGCAGAGCUUAGAAAAGCUUUUGAAGGAUGCAGUAAUACAGGGACAGCCUCGAAGCCGAAGAGCAUGGAAAAAAAUUCUUAUCCUAGUAGAGGGCAUUUAUAGCAUGGAAGGUUCUAUUGUACGCUUGCCAGAAGUUGUUUCCUUAAAGAGAAAAUACAAAGCCUAUGUCUACUUGGACGAAGCCCACAGCAUAGGUGCUGUUGGCCCUACAGGAAGAGGAGUUGUGGAAUAUUUUGGAAUGGAUCCUAAUGAUGUUGAUGUAUUGAUGGGAACAUUCACAAAAAGUUUUGGAGCAGCUGGAGGGUAUAUAGCUGGCAAAAAGGAAUUAGUGGACUACCUACGAAUUCAUUCACAUAGUGCAACUUACGCCACAUCUAUGGCUCCUCCUAUAGCCGAACAAAUUAUAAGAGCAAUGAAAUGCGUCAUGGGACUAGAUGGGACCACACAAGGACGUCAACGAAUCAAUCAACUAGCAGAAAACACAAGGUACUUCAGAAGAAGAUUGCGUGAAUUAGGCUUCAUUAUUUAUGGCAAUGAAGAUUCUCCAGUUGUGCCUUUACUUCUUUAUUUACCUGGUAAAGUUGGGGCUUUUGCAAGACUCAUGUUAUCCAAAAACAUUGGUGUGGUUGUAGUUGGCUUCCCAGCUACUCCAAUCACAGAAUCCAGGGCUCGGUUUUGUGUGUCCACUGCUCAUACACGAGAGAUGCUAGACACGGUCCUGAACGCUCUAGAUGAACUGGGUGAUUUUUUGUGUCUGAAAUAUUCCCGGCACGCUAAGUCAUCUCGUCCUGAAUUGUAUGAUGAAACGAGCUUUGAACUUGAAGAUUAAGUUUCCCUCCCAUGGAGAAACCGUAAUGAUGUUACAAGGAGGAGAUGGGGAUCUCAACAAUAGGAAUGCAUUUCUCUUUUUCUAAGAACAGGUUUUGCUUCACCGUUACCUAAUCCAAGAGAAGCAUUUUAUGUCUGUUUUUAACCAGAUUGAAUUCUGUCUGCAAAGGACUAGAAUAUUGUUGCGGUUCUCUCACAAGGAAACACAAGUAUUAUUGUUAUUGUUAUUAUUAUUAUUAUUAGACCCCAAAGACUUUAACUGCUAGAUCAGUUGCUAUUAUGCAGCUCUUGUUGCUGUUUUAAGAGCAGAGUUAGAAAAAAAAUUAAUUAUGAGAACACUUUUUAAAAAUGAAUUGGAAUGUAAUACAAUAGCUG